CAUCCAAAGCCUGAAGCUUUUGCUGGAAUGGGCACUGAAGCAACGACUAUCAUGGCUGAGCACGGUACAGCCCUUCCUAAUGGUACAGUCAGCUGGAGUACACCACCUUCCACAGACUGCCCUUGGCCAGAAGACUGGCAAUGGUUGUUACGUGCCUUGCCUGCCUUUCUCUGGUUUCUUACUAUAGUGGGAAUACUGGGGAAUUCAUUUGUUCUCAGUGUCUGGUGCUUCCAUAAGAGCCGCUCCACUGUGGCUGAAAUUUACCUGGCAAAUUUAGCAGCAGCUGACCUUCUGUUGCUCUGUGGGUUGCCUUUCUGGGCUAUCAACACAGCCAACAAGUUCCAUUGGCCAUUUGGGCUCAUCCUUUGCAAAAUCAUCAACUCAUUCCUUGUUAUCAACUUAUAUUCAAGCAUUUAUUUUGUGGUCAUGGUGAGCAUUGAUCGCUACUUAGCCUUGGUGAAAACAAUGUCUCUGGGACGCCUGCGCCAGCCAAGGUAUGCCAAAUGGAACUGCUUUGUGAUUUGGGUUUCUGCCCUUUUACUUUGCUUUCCUCCUCUGGCAUUCAGGUCAUUAAAGGGUGUGGAAGGAUAUGAAGGUAUGGCCUGUGUUUUGGACUAUCCUUCUGUUUUUCAGUGGACAAUUAUCACGGCCAUUUUGUUGAACACAGUGGGCUUUCUGAUACCAGUCUGUAUCAUUACCUACUGUUCUGUUCAAAUCAUCCAAGCUUUACAAAACCGUGACAUCCAAAAGAUCAAAACCAUUCAGACUGAGAAAAAAGCCACCAUACUGGUUUUUGCAGUCCUUCUUCUGUUUAUCAUCUGUUGGCUUCCAUUCCAGGUCACCACAUUCAUAGAUAUGUUAUAUCAAAUAGGUGUCAUUUCGGGUUGUGAUGUAGAACAAGGCAUUAUUGUGGCUAGCCAGAUUGCUGCCGAUUGCGGUUUCAUCAACAGUUGUCUUAAUCCAAUCGUCUAUGUCAUUGUCGGCAAACAUUUUCAAAGGAAAUGCAAGGAAGUCUACUUUGGCAGAGUUCUUCGAAGACCUAGCUCAGCACCAUCAAUGACAACCAUGGAAAUUCCCCGUAUUUCCUUUUCAGCAGAUAAUCAAAGGAAAAAAUCUGCUGCUAGUUUAUCCCCAAAGCAUAAUUUGCUUAUUUCAUGAAAAAAAAAAGAUAAGAGAUUAAGUAAAAUUAUGGUUUUAUGUAGAAUCUCAUUUUCAGUAACAAAGUCUAAUUUAUUGCUCAUUAAAGUUUGUGGAAGAUGACAUUGGUUUGCAUAGGAUGCCAGCUUCAGUCAAUGAAUGAGGCUCAGUUAGUAUGUUUGUACAUAUGUGCUUGUAUAUAUGUGCAUGUGUAUAUCAAAUAUCUGCAUCAGAUAUCAGAUUCUGAAGAUCCUUUUCAAAAAACAAAAAUAUUCCUGCAAAGAAAAAACAUGUAUGUCUUCUAUAAUAUUUUAAUAGGGAGUUCAAAGAUGCUCAAAUACUUGGGAAAUCUUCUGAUGCACCCCUUUGCUCUGGAAUCCUUGCUCUUCUGUCAUAGGAAGAAGAGCCAUUGUAUAGGCUCUAUUUGGCUUGAACAUGAGAGUUAGCCCAAAUCCUAUCCAGAUUGCCCAGUGAAUGUACAAAAAGGAGAAGAUGACAGCUCCUGCUGUGACUUCCAUGCAAAAAGCUCCAAGUUACAACACAUUUUGUGUCAGCGCCAAGCAUUUACUUUCCUGCCAGAUCAGUUGUGCAACUGUUUACCCAUAAGGCAGGGGUGAAAUUCAAAAUUUUUCCCUACUGGUUCUGUACGCGUGGCUUGGUGGGCGUGGCAGGGGAAGCAGAAAAGAAAGAAACUGAAUAUUUUUCAACUUGGGACUUAUUUUAUCAAUGGUUAGCUGACAGAAACAGAAGUUAGAAACAAGGAAAUAUAUAGAAAGAUCAGUGAUAUAAGGAAGGUAUGUUAAAUUGGUUAAACAACUACUAUGGUUAUUAUUAUUAUUAAUAUUACCCUGUUUCCCCAAAAAUAAGACAUCCCCUGAUAAUAAGCCCAAUCAAACUUUUGAGCGCAUGCACUAAAAUAAGCCUCCCCCCAAAAAUAAGCCCUCUGAUCUGUCCCCGUACCCACACACACACCAACGCAGCCAGUCGAGGGUUAAGGAAACACUUUGGAACGCACCCAGGUCUUAUCUCCCACUUGGCAGCAAUAGACACACCGUCUGCCAAGUGACUUUAUUUUCAAAGUAAAACAGAAAGAUAAAUACUCAAGAGUCCAAAUGUCCGACACUUUAAAUCUUUCUCUCAGCAGUUCCGGACGAGGCUUUAGUGACUAUCUAAGGUUUGCUUUGUUCGUCACAAGGAUCCUUGACCACCACCCUCUAUUAUAUAGUCUCUGGGGUGUGAUCCAGUGACUCAGUUCUAAUCCCUAGCACGCCUCCUAAGCUGCUGCAAACGUUUAUCACGCCUUCGGAGGCGUGCGUCCAGGAAUGAUGUUUCUUCAUCACUCUGAUCCGAAUCAACUGUCUCCUCUCCCUCGGCCGGCACUUGAGACAAUGCCAGAGGGGAGGGGCCUGGAGAGGGAGGCCUGGCUGACUCCUCUUCCUCAUGCUCGGAGCUUUCUUCCUCCGAUGGGACAGGCUCAGAGGGCGGGGCCACAACACCCUCCCCGAAAAUAUUUAAACACAUGCACAGCCGAUCCCUGCCAUUUCCUCUGGUUAGGUUUAGGGAGACAGAGCUGGAAAUCAGGUAAGAAGGUAAGAGGAACCCUUCUUGCUCCACACGCCCCAAAUUAAUAAGAUCUCCCUGAAAAUAAGGCUAAGCACUUAUUUCAGGGUUCAAAAAAAUAUAAGACAGGGUCUUAUUUUCGGGAAAACAUGGUAUUAGGAUUGAUAUUAAUGCAAUGAAUAUUGUUGUAAACACUUUAUUAUUUUCUAAAAUGAUUUGUACCCAGACAACACACUGUUCAAUUGAAGUUGGAAAUUUUGUAUGUUAAAAAUAAAACAAAACCUUAAUAUAUAUUUUAAAAAAAGGAAGCCGCCCUGCCAUGAUGAAUAGUUCAGACCCACAUGUACAUGUUCAGUUCUUAUUCACCAUGAUUGGGAGCUAAAGCUAUAUAUGUAGCCCUUAAAGUAUGACCGCUAUUGUGCCCCAAAUUUAUGUCACUAAGUGAGACAUUUGUUAAGUGAGUUGUGCCCCACUUCCUUGCCACAUUUGUUAAGUGAAUCACUGCGGUUGUUAAGUUAGUAACACGGUUGUUAAGUGAAUCUGGCUUCCCCAUUGACUUUGCUUGUCAGAAAGGUCGCAAAAGAUGAUCUCAUGACCCCAAGACAAUGCAACCAUAAAAAAUCUGAACUAGUUGUCAAGCAUCUGAAUGCAAAUCACAUGACCAUAGAGAUGCUACAAUGGUCAUAAGUAUGGGAAAACGGUCAUAAGUCACUUUUUUCAGUGCCGUUGUAACUUUGAACAGUCACUAAAUGAACUUUUGUAAGUUGAGGACUACCUAUAAUAGCUGUUGUGGCCCGUACGCGGCCUGUGUGGCUGGUGGCUGAUUCGGAUAGUGAGGAGGCUGGUGUGGUGCUGCACCAGCAGCCUGUGCAGCUGGCACUCGAGUCGGAUAAUGAGGCUGGAGAAGAUGUGGUGCCAGAGGCGGGGAUUCAGCCAGGGCCUUCAGAACCUCCAGAAGCUCCCUUAAGUGAAGAGGACAAAGAGGAGGAGCCUCUUCUCAAUGCACGGGCGCGCAGAGCUGCCAAAAGACAGGAGUGGCUCCUCAGGAGGAGGUCUCCUUGAAAGUAAGGCUUGGGGCUAAUUGGCCACCCCCUUAGCCUAUUUAAGGAGGAAAGCCUGAAGCAAUUUGCAGGGAAGAACUUUGUUCACUCUCCUUCGUGCCUUGAUCUUAGUUCUCUGCAAAUUGCUUCUGAGCUUUCUGCCAACCAUAGUAAGAUUAAGAUUAUUUAUUCUUUGGA